GUGUCCAUUGUGACAGCGUGUGUGCUGAGGGGCGCUGGGGCCCCAACUGCUCCCUUCCCUGCUACUGUAAAAACGGGGCUUCCUGCUCCCCUGAUGACGGCAUCUGUGAGUGUGCGCCAGGGUUCCGAGGUACCACUUGUCAGAGAAUCUGCUCACCCGGUUUUUAUGGGCAUCGCUGCAGCCAGACGUGCCCGCAGUGUGUGCACAGCAGUGGGCCCUGCCACCACAUCACAGGCCUGUGUGACUGCUUGCCUGGCUUCACAGGCGCCCUCUGCAAUGAAGUGUGUCCCAGUGGCAGAUUUGGGAAAAACUGUGCAGGAAUUUGUACCUGUACCAACAAUGGAACCUGUAACCCCAUUGACAGAUCUUGUCAGUGUUACCCAGGGUGGAUCGGCAGUGACUGCUCUCAACCUUGCCCCCCCGCGCACUGGGGCCCGAACUGCAUCCACACAUGCAACUGCCACAACGGGGCCUUCUGCAGCGCCUACGACGGGGAAUGCAAGUGCACUCCAGGCUGGACCGGGCUCUACUGCACGCAGAGAUGUCCCCUGGGCUUCUACGGAAAGGACUGCGCGUUGGUGUGCGAGUGUCAGAACGGAGCCGACUGCGACCACAUCUCCGGGCAGUGUACCUGCCGCACGGGCUUCAUGGGGAAGCGCUGCGAGCAGAAGUGCCCUGCAGGAACGUAUGGCUAUGGCUGUCGCCAGAUAUGUGACUGUCUGAACAACUCUACCUGUGACCACAUCACCGGGACCUGUUACUGCAGCCCAGGAUGGAAGGGGGCACGAUGUGAUCAAGCUGGUGUUAUCAUAGUGGGGAAUCUGAACAGCCUAAGCAGGACCAGCACGGCUCUCCCCGCUGAUUCCUACCAGAUCGGGGCCAUUGCGGGCAUCAUCAUUCUUGUCCUAGUUGUUCUGUUCCUCCUGGCGUUGUUCAUUAUUUAUAGACACAAGCAGAAGGGGAAGGAAUCGAGCAUGCCAGCAGUUACCUACACCCCCGCCAUGAGGGUCAUGAAUGCAGACUAUGCCAUUUCAGAAACCCUUCCUCACGGCAGCGGUGGAAAUGCUAACAGCCAUUACUUCACCAAUCCCAGUUACCACACGCUCACGCAGUGUGCCGCAUCCCCUCACGUCAACAACAGGGACAGGAUCACCAAGUCAAAAAAUAAUCAGCUGUUUGUGAAUCUGAAAAAUGUGAAUCCUGGGAAGAGAGGCCCUGUGGUAGAUUACACGGGCACGCUGCCUGCGGACUGGAAACACGGCGGCUACCUCAACGAGCUCGGCGCUUUUGGACUCAACAGAAGUUAUAUGGGAAAAUCCUUGAAAGACCUGGGAAAGCAUUCUGAAUAUAAUUCAAGUAACUGCUCCCUAAGCAGUUCUGAAAACCCAUACGCCACUAUUAAAGACCCACCUGUCCUUAUUCCCAAACACUCAGAGUGUGGUUAUGUGGAGAUGAAGUCACCAGCACGGAGAGAUUCCCCAUAUGCAGAGAUCAAUAACUCAGCCUCUGCCAACAAGAAUGUCUAUGAAGUUGAACCUACAGUGAGUGUUGUCCAAGGAAUAUUCAGCAAUAAUGGGCAUCGCACCCAGGAUCCAUAUGACCUCCCAAAGAACAGUCACAUCCCUUGCCAUUAUGACCUGUUGCCAGUCCGAGACAGUUCAUCGUCCCCCAAGCAAGAGGAUGGUGGCAGCAGCAGCAGCAGCAGCAGUGAAUGACACCAAAGACCACUGGGUAGCCACUGGACCCCUCCCCAGAACUGCAGUUCGGUUCUUCUCCAUCCUCAAGUUUGCCACCCUAUGUGAAUGUUAAUCUACUUCAUAGGCAGUUGUUGGACAUGAACCAGAAAGCUCAAAGCUGAGGCUAACUGACCAUAGGUCCUUCUUAUACAGGUGGCUCAGAAGGAGAUAUCAAUGUGAUUUCCCAUUUUUGUUAGUAUUAGAUCUGCAUCCAUGAAGCAUGCCUUACUGUAAAGUCUUGGCUAAAAGCAUGACCGUGCAGGACUCUUUCAGAGACACGGGUUGCAGCGGAUGUUGGUGAUGUUGCUUGAAAAAUUAAAACUUAAAUAUUUUCUUUCUCAUUUGCAUCAUAGAGUUAUACCUAGGAUUGUGCAUUUUACCAUGAAAUUUACUUCAUUGAAGUGUCACAUGCUCAAUACAUAGAAGAAAAGAGCCAUCUCAUUGAGUCCUUAUUGUUCAGCUUUUUUCAGCGGGACUCAUUAUAGUAAGGACAACAGGAACCCAGCAGGAAACAUUCUGUCAAGUGACAUUACUGGACAGACUCCGAAUAAACUCUAGAGGUGCAGAGCAAAUUUACAUAUGAAAACUUUAGACUUUUUUUGUAGGAUGAGGAAAUGUACAUUUAGAAUUACUUUAGAAAAGAAAUAGAAUUACUGCAGCAAUGAAUACACAGAUGUGCCAGACAGAGAUGCUUCUCUGUUUCUCGGCCCAUUUUAGAUCCAUGACGUUAUUCUGAUCACUGUCCCAAUCAUACACAUUCACCACUUGAGAUCCAUAACAUAUCAAUAAUUAUUUCAUACAUACAGAAAUGAAAUAAUUUUAUUUUUGACAGAUUGGAUUGAAUGAGUGUCUAAUGAAUGGAAAAGGUUGUAAAUGUUAGGUGUAAGAUGAUGCUUAAGUUUUGUAAGCCAUUAGUAAUACAUGCUGUAAUAUAGAAUUAGCAGAAAAUUUUGAUUAAUUUUUCCCUAGAAGUGACCGAAAUAUUUUUGUGCAUAUUUGAGAAAAGGGCACUUUCCUUUUAUUAAUUGUUGAUUUAGAGAAACUAUGCUUAAGCUGGUCUUUUGCAUUGCUAAUAUGACAUGUACCCCAUUUUUCAUUAAUUUGUAUUUCCAUUUUUAAGUUGUAUAUUCUAUGUUUUGUAGUGUUUGGAUUGUUAAUGAAAAAAAAUAUUAUAUGUUUAUUGUUUCUUGUGUUA